AUGCCUAUGGCUGCCAUUGGGUCCUUGCUUGACACGGACAUGUAUAAGUUAACUAUGCAUGCUGCCGUGGUGCGAAACUUCCCAGAUGUAGAGACUGUAUAUAAGUACACGAAUAGAUCGCCACAAAUGACGUUCAACAAAGAAGCCAUUUCGUGGCUUCAAUGUGAAAUUGAGCAUCUGGGCGAUUUGAGAUUCACGGAGGACGAAAUCAGCUAUUUGAGGGAGGCAAUCCCAUUUUUACCUGAAGACUAUUUAGAAUACCUGUCCAGUGGACAGGUCUUGUUGCGUCCCAAUGAGCAGAUCCAAAUAUCCACUGAGCCUGCAGAAAAUGAAGGUAAAUUUCAUUUAAGGUUGCAGGUUCGUGGUCUUUGGAAGGAUACGAUCCUUUACGAAAUUCCGCUUUUGGCACUCAUUUCGGAAGCUUAUUUCAAGUUUGUCGAUACCGAUUGGAAGUACGACAACCAAACGGAAAGAGCUCGCCAAAAGACUCUCGAACUCAUUAGACAUGGUAUCAAUUUCAGCGAAUUUGGCAGCAGAAGGAGAAGAUCUAGAAAAACGCAUGACCUGGUGAUGACUGGGAUUAUGCAGGCUGUUUGCGAAAGCGACGAAAGUGGCCGUAAAUGUUUUGCCGGAACCUCCAACGUUUUCUUCGCAAAAAAAUAUGGUGUCAAGCCGAUCGGUACUGUCGCCCACGAAUGGAUGAUGGGUAUUGCGUCCUUGACCAUGGAUUUCGUCAAUGCCAAUAAAGACGCGAUGGACUACUGGGUAAACACUUUUGGAGGUGAGAAUGCUGGCCUUGCUUUAACCGACACUUUUGGGACCGACAACUUUCUGAAAUCAUUGAAGCCUCCAUAUUCUGAUUACUAUGUUGGUGUCAGGCAAGAUUCCGGGGAUCCAGAAGAGUACACCAAAAAAAUUGCGGAUCACUACACGAAAGAGUUGAAAUACCCUCCGUUUUCGAAAGUAAUUUGUUAUUCGGACUCUCUGAAUCCUGAAAGGGCGAUCGAGUUGGCGGCGAUGGCUCACAAGUAUGGCCUUAAAGCUACUUUUGGAAUUGGUACCAAUUUUACAAACGAUUUUAACAGCGUUAAAAACCCAUCUCAAAAGAGCGAACCUCUCAACAUUGUUAUCAAGCUAUUAGAGGUUAACGGAAACCCUGCGAUUAAGAUUUCAGAUAAUUUAGGCAAGAACAUGGGGGACCCUGAGACCGUCCGGAAAGUGAAAGAACAACUUGGUUAUACAGAACGAGCUUGGGCAGGCGAUAACGAGGCUCACAGAUGGACUUCCUGA